CUGCGAAGCAUUGACCAACCAGCCUAUAGCUUGCCUAUAGCUUGCCCAAAAGCGUUACGAACGUUCUAACUAUUCAUUGAUCGACCAUGAUGCGCUACAGCCCAGUUGUAUUGCUUAUCACCACGAAUGCCCUGCAGCACUCACCACGCCGCCGCUGCCCACGCACCAUCCGCCGCAGCAAUGAUGAGGAGCUCUCGAUCGACGAGUUGGAAAGGAGGGAACGGGCCCUAUCCAAUGACGACGACGGGAUCUGGAUGGAUGCCUUCCACCCUCCAGAUAUUCACGAGUGCGCGCGCUAUCGCUGGAGUCAGGACGCCACCCAUGUCAAGGUAGAGGUGCCGUUACCAAACCGGCCGUCGCAGACGGACGUGGCCCUUGUUGUUGGUGAAACGAGUUUCGACCUAAGUGUCGUAAACGCGGACGUGACGAUUCGCGGCCAACUCGCCGGUGAGGCGAAUCCGGGGAGGUGCGGCUGGGAUUUGUUUGAGGAGGGCGAUGGACUGGUGGUGCGCGUCGCGAAGCGGGGCAAUGGGGACUGGGACGCGUUCCUCGUUGAUGAAGUCCCGGCGCCGACGGCGUCCUAUAAGGGCGUCUGUGAGGCGACGGGCGCCUCUUACGAACAGACCUCCACGGAAAUGCGAAUCGAGGUGGCCCUGCCGGAUCAUGUCGAGGCGCGCGAUGUGAACGUGGCGGUGGCGGGCGACGCGUGGUCGGUCGAGGCGGGCGCCUGGUCCCUUGGAGGGGCAUUAAUGGGCGCCGUCCGCGCGGACGACACGGCGUGGGUUGUCGACGAUGGAGUGGUUUUCAUGACGCUCACGAAGCGGGCCGCCAGGACGUGGUGGGCGGGGUUGACACGGUGA